AGCGGAGCUAACACGUUUAACGGCUGACGAUGGCUUCGGUGCGGAUGGUUGGCAAAGUUACGGCGAGACUUUUGGGAAGUAUUCAGCCUCUUCACUGCGGUCUCGGAGCUACUCGUCCGGUUACAUUUCUCCCCCAGGUACAACAGAGGCUGCCUUUACGUGGAAAUUUUCAAGCUCUUUUCUACAGUACACUUCCACCCUCCAGUGAUGUGUCCUUGAAGUACAAAUAUGGCCGUUUGGUUCUGGAGGUCCCGUUGCCCUCCAGGAAUGAGAAGUGUCUGUUCUUCCUCAGACCCAUGCUGAUGAGUGUCGGAGACCUGAUCACAGAUCUGCAGAGGGAGGACCCCGGAGUCACUGCCUCCAUUUUCUCCAAGGAUGGAGAGCGCAUAGCCCACACCACACUCAUUGACACUCUGCUGGACAAGGACUUCAAGCUUGCCAUCAAUGAUGCAGUUUAUAAUGUGUGCUCUCCUGAAAAAGUGUGUACAUCCAGUGAGCAUGCCUUGGGGAUGGAGGACAUGAAGCACGUUGUGCAUCUGCUGCACACAGCACUCCACCUGCCUGAACACCACCUGCUGAGAGAGAGGCAGCUGCUGGAGAGACUGGACAGCCUCAAACAGGAGCUGUCACCUCUGGAGAAGAUGAAGGCGCAGCUGCGCCAUACAGCAGAGUCCCAGACCUCCAGGGUUGUCUGGUCAGGCCUGGCCAUGUUAUCUCUGCAGGGUGGAGCUCUGGCCUGGCUCACCUGGUGGGUCUAUUCGUGGGACGUCAUGGAGCCCGUCACUUACUUCAUCACCUACGCCACUAGCAUGGGAGCCUUCGCGUAUUAUGUCCUUACCAAACAGGAUUACAUAUACCCAGAUGUUAAAGACAGACAGUUCCUGCAGUACUUUCAUAAGGCAGCCAGGAAGAAGAAUUUCAACGUGACAAGAUACAAUGAAUUGAAGGACGAACUGUCUCAGGUGGAGGAGGACCUGAGACGUCUGAGAAAUCCAACCCAACUUCAGCUACCACUUGAACAGAUCCAGCCAAAGCCAUGAAUAAUGGUCACUGACAGACAACUCCAGAGCAAAAACAAAUUUUCUGCUUUAUUUUGAUAAUAGCACCUUUUUACCAGGAAUCCACAUCAUUCUGUGUUUUGUUUACAGUCUUGAUAAUGAUGCCAAUGAAAUCUUUGACAGACAUACAGACCCUGAGGACUAUUGAAAUAAAAAGUAUUUCCUGACACUGGGACAACCUCC